GUCCGCUUUCGCUGCCGGUCGCAGGCCUACAACGCGGCCGUCCACGCGGUGCGCGAGGAGGUCAGCUCCUCGACCGUGCAUCUCAAGAUCACUGAGAAGACCCCCAGGCGCCGCUUCUCGGCUGGUGAGCCCGCCACGCUGCAGGCCGCCGACGGCGCGCGCUGGGCCGGGAAGGUCGCCGAUCCCGACGGCGAGGGUUGCGCUCUGAUGCUCAACUCGCUGUACAGCUGGGUAUUCGUUGAUGUACCUUCAGGUUCGAACCACCUCCUCUCUUCCGGUACCCAACCGUGGUCUGUACGUAGUCGCAGCGCUGGGUGUGCCGUGUCGUUGGUUGAUUGAGGCGAGGGAUUCGUUGGAGAUAGGUUGUAUCCUAGAGUAUAUUACAGGAAUUGAGGAAGAGCAAUUAUCCUUGCACAAGCAGAGGAAGGAUAGGAGGAACAGAGUAGGUGCCGCCUGAUCCACUGGAUGCUGCGAGGGUUUCAUUGGGGAAUGGGGAUAGGUUGUAUGUUAGAGUAUAGGAAUUCGUUGGUUGUAUGUGAGUAUAGGGAUUCGUUGGUUGUAUGUUAGCGAUUACAACCAGUUAGAGGAACUUGCAGAAGGGAAGGGUAAGAGGAAUAGAGGACAGUGUACAAAUGGAUUGACAUGAAGCAGGCUGGGUGUGUGUGGCUAAUACUGAGGACUUUGAGAAAUUGGAGAAUUCUCUUCAAAGGGUAGAGGAGCCAUGCAUGAGGAUCUCAUGCAUUCUCAAAACCCCCUUCCAGAUCACAGUGGGGUGAUAGCAGCUUUAUCACGCUUUGGUUGUAAACAGGUUGCGACCUGCCAGGACAAUAACACCACAUUCAAACUCAAAGUUGGACUUAUUGGCUUUGGAUCCAUCGGAAGGCAAGUAGCCGAGGCUUUAUUUGAGAUGAAAGAUGCCGACCUGAUAGCAAUAUGUGAUAGCUCGACAGUUGCUGAAAUGGCUAUUGCUUGGAAGAGCAGUAAGAUCAGUUUAAGGGCCUCUGGUGAAAGUUCACUCAUGUUCAUGAAGCAAACUACUGGAUUUGGUAAAAAUGUUGGCGUCCUGGUGUCAGUUCUCAACCCCAGGCAACACGAGAAAUGCCCUUGGGGCAACAUUCCUGUGAAUUAUGUUAUUGACACACUUAGUCUCUUCUCCGAGGACAAACACUUUGUGUACUCAGCACACGACCGGGUGGACCCACCCUGUACCGAUGGCAGAAUUGAUACCGGUUUGCCAAAGCAGCUGCCAAAGAACCUACCUGGUACUGUCUACACAAUGAUGUAUGCUGACGAGCGAGUUCCCAAUGGCUUCAAUCCCUCGGUGAAAUACUUGAAGGUUAUGGUCAAUUCUGAAGCUGUUAAGAAGUCUAUUGUUGAAAAUUUACCUGAAUGGAAAGGUGUCUCCGCAAAUAUUUGCUUCUAUGCUGAAACUGACCCAACAAAGAGGCUAUGUGAUCCGCUGACGGAGCUUCUUUCCAGGUAAGUUCCUGCAAC